CAGUGCCUUGGAAGUUGCUCGAGUCUCUCCAGCACAGCAGACAAGCACGCCUGUUUCUCUCUCUCUCUCUCUCUCCUCGGUCGCUCCAGUAAUCCAGCCAUCCACAAUGUCGAUGAGAUCCAGGAAGACCACCAGCUACUCGGUGGUGUCGGGGGGCUCGGUGCCACGGAGCUUCAGCAGCAUGUCCUACUCCGGGCCCAGCCAGUCCUCCCAGAGGCAGAGCUACAGCGUGCGGAGCUCGUAUGGGGGGGGCGCCAGCCGGGGCGCGGGGGGGUUCGGCUCGGGCGGCAGCUACAUCACCAGCUCGUCGGCGUACGGCGGGGGCAUGGGUCUGGGCAUGGGCAUGGGCAUGGGCAUGGGCAUGGGUGGUGGCCCGGUGGUCCCCAUCACCGCUGUCACCGUCAACAAGAGCCUUCUGGCCCCCCUCAACCUGGAGAUCGACCCCAAUAUCCAAGUGGUCCGCACCCAGGAGAAGGAACAGAUCAAGACCCUGAACAACCGCUUCGCCUCCUUCAUCGAUAAGGUGCGCUUCCUGGAGCAGCAGAAUAAGAUGCUGGAGACCAAGUGGAGCCUGCUCCAGAACCAGACCACCACGCGCUCCAACAUCGAUGCCAUGUUCGAGGCCUACAUCGCCAACCUGCGCAGGCAGCUCGACAGCCUGGGCAACGACAAGAUGAGGCUGGAGGCCGACCUGCACAACAUGCAGGGACUGGUGGAGGACUUCAAGAACAAGUACGAAGAUGAGAUCAACAAGCGCACCGAAUGCGAAAAUGAGUUUGUGCUCAUCAAGAAGGAUGUAGAUGAGGCCUACAUGAAUAAAGUGGAGCUGGAGGCCAAACUUGAGAGCCUCACUGAUGAGAUUAACUUCUUGAGACAGAUCUAUGAUGAGGAGCUGCGUGAGCUGCAGAGCCAGGUGAAGGACACCUCCGUGGUGGUGGAGAUGGACAACAGCCGCAACCUGGACAUGGACUCCAUUGUGGCUGAAGUGCGCGCCCAGUACGAGGACAUCGCCAACCGCAGCCGCGCAGAGGCCGAGUCCUGGUACAAGUCCAAGUAUGAAGAGAUGCAGGUGUCCGCCACCAAGCACGGGGAGGACCUGAGGUCGACCAAGACGGAGAUCAACGACCUGAGCCGCAUGAUCCAGAGGCUGCAGUCUGAGAUCGACUCCCUCAAGGGCCAGCGCGCCAACCUGGAGAACCAGAUCGCAGAGGCAGAGGAGCGCGGGGAGAUGGCGAUUAAGGACGCCAAGGCCCGCAUCAGGGACCUGGAGGAGGCCCUGCAGAGAGCCAAGCAGGACAUGGCCCGCCAGAUCCGGGAGUACCAGGACCUGAUGAACGUCAAGCUGGCCCUGGACAUUGAGAUCGCCACCUACAGGAAGCUGCUGGAAGGCGAGGAGGACAGGCUGGCUGGCGGCAUCAAAGCUGUCAACAUCUCCAGUGUAAAACAGAGCUACACACCGAGCUACAGCUCCAUCCCCAUGGAAAGUGCCGGAAUGUCCUACAGCUCCUACGGCAGUGCGUACGGUGGCGGGUACGGUGGCGGGUACAGCAGCGGCGGCGGGUACAGCAGCGGCGGCGGGUACAGCAGCGGCAGCGGCUAUGGCAGCACCCAAAACAAGAAGAGCGUUGUCAUCAAGAUGAUCGAGACCAAGAAUGGGAGGGUGGUGUCCGAGAGCUCGGAGGUCAUGCAGGAUUGAUCUGGAUGGUCGCCGCCACAUCUCCUCUCCCAUUCCACUAGCACCUCCCCCCCCAAAUAAAAACCCCUCUAACAACCCCCAAUCCAAUAAGACCCCAAGCAUCCUCUAACAGGCUUUAGCCAGUCCUUACAGCAACAGGACAUUCACACCGAGCUCAUUUAUUUAAAGUGAGGGACCAAAGAAUGUUCCAGAACCAAGCGUGCCUUAUGCUUAAACUGUCCUGUUUUGCACUAAAACCAAAUGUCAUCCGUCUAGCAGAGCAGCCCCUACCCGUGCUGUUUACGGCUUGGCCUAUGGAAGAGCUGGAGCCGUCUGAUUGGCUGAGAGCAGCAUGCAGGGUCAUAAAGCCCCAUGAUAGGCCGUGUGUUCAGCGACUGCGAUUCGAAGAAGUGCCUGUGUUUAAUCAGCCCGCAGCUGCGGCUCUGCUCCGCCAGCAGCCAGCCACGCCCAGCUCUCUGAGGCGCUGUCUUUUGCUACGAAAGAAUAAAAAGCGUUUACUGUUACACCAAA